AUGCUGCUGCCGGCCUGGGAAAUGGGUCUCUACGGGGUUCUCGCCGUGGGCUCUCACCUCUAUGCUUUCUACGAAGUGCACCAAGUGUCUCAGAAGUAUGAAGCUGCAAUGGACAGAAAUUUCGGGCUGGAACCGGGGACUCUCUUUCAGGGCCUCAAAAAGGACCCCAUGGACUUUGAGUGGAGCUAUUGGAUUGAAUGGGGAAGGGAACGUAUACUCUGUCUUCUGGCUGGUCACCUGCUGGUAUCACAAGUGUCCAGGCUCUUGGUGGAGAAGUAUAAACCAUGGUGCUUGAUGGUUUAUGGAAUGGCUGCCUGCUGGUUGUUACUGGGAAUCAAGGGCUUUGCUGUCAUUUUAUUACAUGCAACUAUUUCAUUUGCUGUGGCUCAGUUUCAGCUUUCGCUCCUGACAUGGAUGUGCACCCUUAUCCUGCUAUCUACUUUACGUAUACCGGCUGUGGAAGAAACCAAGAAAAAGUGGUAUGACACAGAAAAUGAGUAUUAUCUGCUGCUCUUCACUGUGUCUGUCCGCUGCCUGUUCUGCACUAGCUUCAGCCUGGAGUACUGCUGGCAUGGAUCUGCCCAGAAGUCAUCCCACUCAUUCCUAUGGAUGCUGGCAUAUGUGUUUUAUUAUCCCACAUUCCACAAUGGACCCCUUGUGAAUUUUGAUGAAUUCAGUAAGCAGAUGAGAAGACAAGAAGCCUUCAGUUUGAAGACCAAUCUCAGCAUCUUAAUCAUGGGAAUAAUUCGUAUUUUCUUUUGGUGGUGCCUGGCUGAGCUGAUGAUUCAUCUCAUGUAUAUCCAUGCUCUCUACAGCAGUGCUUCACCUUUGGAAGCUGUGUCAUACUGGGCUUUGGAGUGUAGUGUAGCAACAGGGGAUGAGGAAAAAGUUGUCCUCAGGACACCCAACCCCCAGAGCCAGAUGUUAGGGAUGGGGGAGCUGAGUGAAGCCCUCAUAAUCCAGGAGGAGAUGGUUAGUGAUUUGCUGUGCCAGUUAGACACUUAUGAGUCUAUGGGCCCUGAUGAGACUCACCCCAGAGUAAUGAGGGAACUGGCAAAAGAACUUGCCAAGCUUCUCACAAUCAUCUAG